UGGCCAGCCCCGAUUCCCUAUCCACCCAAGGUAAAGACAAAAGAAGGCGUCUAAAACACAACCCUUACUCCGCAAACAAACACGUUUUCUAACCACUAACGAGUGAAGUGAAGUGAAGUGAAGUGAAGUGAAGGACAACAAAAGAAUAAAGACAACACAACAGAACCCACCCCUUCACGCAUUACACGCAUCACGCAUAACGUUCUCUUCCCUUCCCUUCCCAUGAACACCACCUACAUUGAUUUCCUCUCCCACGCCAAUACCCCUUUAACCGCUUCUGCCUUUUUCAGUCUGUUCCCACUCCCAAGCUUUCGCCUUUUCAUGGGCCUUUCUCUCGCUUCCUCUUCAAUUUCAAAACCCAUCAACGGUUUCCCUUUUCCUCGUUCGGUUCCGUUUAUGCGCUGUCGGUAGGGUUCCCCUUUUCCAGUUUUUCUCAUCACCGCUUCCGUAACUUUCUGCUCAAUUUAGUGGAAACCAUAUCCUUUUAUCCUCAAACGCCUUUAUAAUCACCAUUCACCUCUUUUCUGUUCAUCCCAAGAUUGAAGAUUCUUUACAUGGAAUCCAUGUUUCAAGAAGAAGGGUCGUCUUCUGUGACUUCUUCACCUCUUCAGUUCUUUUCCAUGAUGUCUCUUUCACCUGGCAUAGGAUCUCCCUAUCCUUGGCACAGAGAAUUGAAAUCUGAGGAAAGGGGUUUGUGUUUGAUCCAUUUGCUGCUCACUUGUGCAAAUCAUGUGGCUGCUGGUAGCCUUGAAAAUGCAAACACCAUUCUUGAGCAGAUUUCACAGCUUGCAUCUCCUGAUGGAGAUACUAUGCAGCGAAUCGCUUCAUACUUCACUGAAGCACUCGCUGAUCGGAUACUCAAAACAUGGCCUGGCCUCCACAGGGCUCUCAAUUCCACCAGAAUAGUUAUGGUUUCUGAAGAAAUUCAUGUUCAGAAGCUCUUCUUUGAGCUUUUCCCCUUCUUGAAGGUGGCCUAUAUUUUGACAAAUCAGGCUAUUGUUGAAGCCAUGGAAGGGGAGAAAAUGGUGCAUAUAAUUGAUCUCAAUGCUGCCGAACCGGCGCAGUGGAUUGCUCUCCUCCAAGUUUUGAGUGCACGCCUUGAAGGCCCUCCACAUUUGAGAAUUACUGGGGUCCAUCAGCAGAAGGAGGUUUUGGAUCAGAUGGCUCAUAAACUCACUGAAGAGGCUGAAAAGUUGGAUAUUCCAUUCCAAUUCAAUCCUAUAGUCAGCAAGUUGGAAAAUCUUGACUUUGACAAACUUCGUGUGAAGACUGGGGAGGCACUAGCAAUAAGUUCUAUUCUGCAGCUACAUUCCCUUUUGGCCUUGGAUGAUGAUGCCUCGCGGAGAAAGUCUCCUCUUUUGUCCAAAAAUUCGAAUGCAACUCACCUGCACAAGGUCCUGCUGAUGAACCAAAGCACUCUGGGUGAUUUGCUUGAAAAGGAUAUGGUUAAUGGCUACAGCCCUAGCCCUGAUUCCGCCUCGUCCUCGCCGGGGUCGUCAACUGCUUCCAUGAAUUCAGAGAGCUUUCUCAAUGCCUUGUGGGGGCUAUCACCAAAGGUCAUGGUUGUAACUGAGCAAGACUCUAAUCACAACGGUUCAACCCUGAUGGAGAGGCUGCUAGAAGCUCUAUAUUCUUAUGCAGCAUUGUUUGAUUGUUUGGAGUCCACUGUGUCAAGAGCAUCCUUGGAGAGAUUGAAGAUUGAGAAGAUGCUUUUUGGUGAGGAGAUCAAGAACAUCAUAGCUUGUGAGGGAUCUGAAAGAAAGGAAAGGCAUGAGAAGAUGGAUAAGUGGUUCCAAAGGCUUGAUUUGUCUGGCUUUGCCAACAUACCUUUAAGCUAUUAUGGCAUGUUGCAGGCGAGGAGGUUCCUGCAGAGUUAUGGUUGUGAGGGAUAUAGGAUGAGGGAGGAAAAUGGUAGUGUAAUGAUUUGCUGGCAAGACCGCUCCUUGUUUUCUACAACAGCUUGGAGAUCAAGGAAGUGAGUAAGACUGAUGAAGUAUGAAAAAGAAGAAAAAUAGAGAUGUAGUAAUUGAUAGAAUCUAUAUUAAGUUUUUUCUUUUUCUUUGUUUGUAAUUGUAUGAAAGAGUUUUACCAAUAUGGUAAUGAGUAAUGACUAAUGGUGAAGAUCAAUUUAGAGAUACUUCUAUUUCCUUAUUUCCGAGUUAAAUUGAAAGAAAUGGGGAAAUGGAAAAGUGUGAGAGAAUGAAACACUUAUUUGUGGCUGUGUUCAUCUUUCCAUUGUUUAGUACUAUGCUCAUUUUGUUUUUAACUGACUUCUAUACUCUAACCUGUUUGUAUCUGGAAUGUGGAUGAGCUAAUUUUCUCAUUUGCCUGGUCGGUAUAAGUUGAUUUUUCAAA